CCCUAUUUCUGUAUGCAAUUUGACGUUUAAUAUUUAGACGUUUCUUAAUAGUGUAAAUUAUUUUUUAAGAGAGGGGACACUUUUAUUGUGAAAAAUAAAGGCGGAAGUGGUGGUCCUCUGCUGUCAAGAAGGAAAAACAAUAUCAUUUCAUACUCGUUGCUAGACAAAGAUGGCAUCAAGCAGUGCAAGCAGCGAGGAGGAGCGGAGCCUCAGAGAGUGUGAGCAAUAUGUUCAGAAACACAACAUCCAGCAACUGCUCAAGAACUGCAUUAUCCAGCUGUGCACAGCCCAGCCUGAGCGGCCCAUGGCCUUUCUCAGAGACUACUUCGAAAGACUGGAAAAGCAGGAAGAGGUCCAGCAGAUGGCUUCGCAUCGUAAAUCUAGCUCGCGGUCAGACUCCCGUGAGGAUGAAGUUUCUCCACCCAUAAACCCUGUGAUGACGGGUCGAAGCCGGAGAGGAGCCAUCAGUGCUGAGGUGUACACUGAGGAAGAUGCUGCCUCCUACGUUAGAAAGGUCAUCCCAAAAGACUACAAAACCAUGGCUGCCCUGGCCAAAGCCAUGGAGAAGAAUGUGCUGUUUGCCCACUUGGAUGACAAUGAGAGAAGUGACAUUUUUGAUGCCAUGUUUUCUGUCAACUACAUUGCCGGAGAAACAGUCAUUCAACAAGGUGAUGAGGGAGACAACUUCUAUGUUAUUGACCAGGGCGAGAUGGAUGUAUAUGUAAACAAUGAAUGGGUGACCAGCAUUGGUGAGGGAGGCAGUUUUGGGGAGCUGGCUCUGAUCUAUGGGACCCCUCGUGCAGCUACAGUCCGGGCCAAGUCCAAUGUCAAGCUGUGGGGCAUCGACAGAGACAGCUACAGGAGAAUAUUGAUGGGAAGCACUUUGAGAAAGCGCAAGAUGUAUGAGGAAUUCCUCAGCAAGGUGUCCAUUUUAGAGUCUCUGGAUAAGUGGGAGCGUCUGACGGUGGCAGAUGCUUUGGAGACUGUGCAGUUUGAGGACGGCCAGAAAAUUGUGGUGCAGGGAGAGCCUGGUGAUGAGUUCUUCAUCAUCCUGGAGGGGACAGCAGCGGUGCUGCAGAGGCGGUCAGAGGACGAGGAAUUUGUGGAGGUCGGCAGACUUGGACCUUCAGAUUACUUUGGUGAGAUCGCCCUGCUAAUGAACCGGCCCCGUGCUGCCACUGUUAUUGCAUGUGGACCCCUCAAGUGUGUCAAACUGGACCGGCCGCGGUUCGAACGAGUCCUUGGUCCUUGCUCUGACAUCCUUAAGAGAAACAUUGAGCAGUACAACAGCUUUGUUUCUCUCUCUGUUUGAGCUUAUCAGCCCUCACACCCCCCUUUCAUCCACUGCAGAAUCCACUAUCGCACCUCUGCUUAAGUUUGCUACUUCUAAUCUCUGUUACAUGUUACCACACCCACAACUCCAAACAAGAUGACUUCAACACAUCUGUUACUCUUUUUAUUUGUUUCAUAUUUUUUUAAUGUACUCAGUAGAUGUGAUUGGUUGUCUGUGAAGGUUUUGAGCCUCACCUGAAGCUGUGAUCCCUAAACCCAGAAGGUGUUUCACGCACACUUUAAAAGUGUCACUAAAAUUAAAUAAUGCCUUAUGUAUGACUGACUGCCUUCACACUAGGUGGGUUUCCAGCCACCUAUUUUUUAUUCACAUUUUCAACAAUUGCGAAAAGAAACUUGAAUGGAAACGCCAGAAAUUUGAAAAAGGGCCGAAAUAUCGGAAAAAAGUUUUAACGCUUGGAGGGGGUGGAAAAGUCAGCGUAUCGAUAUUAGGAAAAUGCGACUUUUGGCAAUGGAAACAGAUUUAGCGAAUAAACAAUGACGUAGGCUACUGAAUCCUACUUCUACUUAACACACACACCUGUGUGAACUUAGAGAGAGGUAAUUACUCCAGUGUCAGGUGAGUGUAGGCUAUUUCACAGUUUACCUGAAUAGACUGGAUGUGUUGAAUACCGCUGCAUCAUGUGCGCUGCCUGGUGUACCAACACAGACAUCACGGCAUUAUGUAGGCUACGCUGACAACGCUGACAUGAGUGUGAUGAGAGCUCUCGCAAUAGCCAAGAAGUUCCCAAGGAAUCUCUCCAUCUCGCCGUAGUCAUGGAUGUGCGGGUAAUUGUUUACAUCAGUUGUGGACAUGAGACGCUCUCAAUGACGUCAUCUCACGACGCCCUCUUUUUCUACGGGUGUUCUUUUGCAUUUUAUUUUUCAUGAGAAGCGCCACCUUCUGCUCGACCUGUUGACUCCCAAUACUCGCAAAACAAUAAUGAAUGGAAACGUGCAUAAAUUUGCAUUUUCUUUUGCGCAUUUUCACAAAAUUUGCUUAAAAUUUGCGAUACAUUUGGAUGGAAACCCAGCUACUGAUUCACUGUGAAUUCAGAGGUCAGUUACAAUAAGAGCUUAUCAAAACAUUUAAAGAUAGUGUCAAAACAAGACUAUAUUUAUAGAACACAUUUGAGAACAUGCUGAUAAACGUUGAAAAUGUUAAGAUCAUUAAAAUGGGAACAUUUAUAUAAAAUACUCAGAUGGAUUCAAGUAAUCUAGACAAAAUCUAAAGCAUUAUGCCAUCACAGUGAAAUGUUUGGAGAUGAAAUAGCUGAUGCAAAAAAAAAAAGAGCCAAAUUGGGAUGGGAUAUGAAAGUGCAUGGAAAUAGAGAUAAUGUAAGCCAAAGGAAUACACCAACUCCCAAGAUAACUAUUUGUGUUUUUUGGUGGUGAAGUAUUCCAUUCCAAUGUUCCACUGUUUGAAAGGGUUAACAGUUAAUAAUGACCAACCCAAAAUGUAGUCAUAUUAUCAUUUUUGCAGUACGAAGUCACAAAUGUUGACAGUGUGAAUGCACAGUUAGUAGUUUAAGCCCUGUUUACACCAAACCCUUUCGGUACAGUACCUUCGGAACCAAAAGUAACCCUUUAGACAUGAUACCUAGACCCUCGGUCUGUUUAGUGUUUCCACCGCAAACAGUCCUCUUAACUGUGGGUGGGGUUGUUGUCACUCACGGCUUUGUCCAGUACUUGCUGUAUUUCCUGUAUUUUCACUGAUGACACAGAUGGAAGUCUGCACAUCGUUUAUCCUCCAUAGAACAGGGUUGCACGCCAACAUUUUCAGAACAAAAUAGAACAGGUUGGAGUGAGAGUCCUUCCCAGGCAAACGUAGGGGUUUUGUAUUGCAAUAGCCCACCGGAACGACGCUCUGCAACGCCUUUUUUUUUUUCUCUAAAUGAGGACUAGAAUUUAUGCAGUUCACAUAAUCCGGUCAAAAUUAAUAUAUAUUUUUAAACGCUUGAUGAUCCACUCAUUCCUAAAAGUGCAUGUCAGUAAAAACCAAUGGAAUGGUCAUAUUAUAAAUUAAGGUGUGCUGAUGGAUUCACGUCAUCAACUCAGGCAUUGAGUAACAUUACAAGUUAACGUUCCACCUUAAAAGUUGCCGACAGUCGGCCCAGUGAAUGAAGUUAUUUUUUCUCAGACUCCAGCUGCUGUGAGAGGCAGCAAAACAUCCUUUCAUUUUAUAGUUACAGUUUACUAAUAAAACUCUCCACAGUAUGAACAGUGGUUACAUGAGCUUCAAAACCUGACACAGCUCAGCCCUGAGCAGAGCAACCGUCCUCUACUGACCAAUCAGACUGCAGUGUUCACAGCUCCACCUUUUAGUACCAGAUCUGUGUGCUAGGUACACCAAAAGAGGGGGGACCAAACAUGGGGACGGUAAGGAAUGGUUUCAUCGGUACCAUCCACAACUUUUCACAUUGGAAACAGAAAAAAUGCAUACUGAAAUGAACUAACUGUACCAGACUGCUUGGUAGAAAUGGGGCGUUUGUUUGCUCUGGGAUCUUCAGUGUUCACAGAGAUGUUGAACAAAUAGUUUCAUGUUGACUGAGCAGGCUUUAUGUUUUUGACAAAGUAUGCCAAAAGCUUUAUCUUUUUUUUUUUGCUGCUGUUUUUGUUGUUACGUUUUUACCAUGCUAGCUGUGAGGGGUUAGAGAUGGCAGUGUUGGUCCGUUGGUCCACCGCUGUGGUGUGGACUGAAAUAUCUCAGCAACUUUUAGAUAAUCUAUUCAUGUCCCCCUCAGGAUGACUCCUAAUAACUUUGGUGAUCUGCUGACAUUAUUUUUUGCACCAUGAGGUCAAAAUUUUGCAGAUGAAUGACAUUCCUAUCAUCCUCAGCUGUACUUGCUAAUUAGCAAAUGCUAGCCUGCUAGCAUAUUAAACCAAGAUGGUAUAAAUUUGCUAAACAAGUUACCACUGACAUUGUUAGUGUUAACAUGCUGGUAUUAACAUUUAGCUCAAAGCACCACUAUGCCAAAGUACAGCCUGCCAGCUGGUAUGGCUGUAUUCUUGUUUUAAUUUAGUUUUAGUUUUUGUUGUGUUGGUAUACCUUGUAGUCAUUACAUGGGUAAAAAUAGGACAGCCUGCAGGACAGGAUCAUGUGCAGCACAGGCAUGACAUUUCAACAAUGUAUUAUGUGUGCAGCAUACAUUGUCGCUGAUAGCAGUUAGCAGUGUACUCAAAGAACAAGAACAGCAGCUGAAAUUAUCAAACAAUGACAAUGAGAUCAGCCGCCAUAUUAAAGGGACGGUAAAUGAUUAUUUCCAUGUUAAUGCUAUUGUUAUUGUUUAUAAAGUACUGCGUAUGUUAUGUCACACUAGAGGCCGACGCUCUUGUGUUUCAUGUUACACCUAUCACGCUCUUUUAAUUCUGUAGUGCUGGCAUAUUGUCUAAUAUCACACACUGGAGUGGAAUGAUGCUGCCAUUGUUUGGCUCUGUGUAAAAAUGCAAAUGUGGCAUAAAGAAAGGGACUAUAGUGCAGCAGCUCUACAGUGUUAUCUUGGUUUAAACAGGGCUAACCUUUGACAGGAGCACCACCAUGAGCCAUACACCUACAGUAUGGAGCAUGUUUUUACCCAGGAGGAGAAAUAAGAAGUAAAACAAAAAUUUUGAAAAAAAAGAAGAACAAUUAACCUCCAGUUUAAAUUGGGCUUUUAUUUUUAUUUCCCAUUUUCUGUUAUAUGAUUUUGUUUUCUCUGUACCCAACGCAUUAUUUUAACUUUCUAUUUAAACAGUUCAGGUUCUCAGGUAGUUUUAAGAUUGCUUUUUAAACAUGAUAUCAUUUUUGUAAUUUUUAAAAACAUAAUUAAUGAAUAAUUACAUUUUCAGUAACACUUUCUCUUUCUGUACGUUCAAACCAGAAGCUUCCAAAGAGGCAAAGUCUGUUGUGGCCGCUCAAGAAGCACAACUAUCAAUAUUUGUGGCAGCUUUGGUUGCUCUGGUCGCUCAUCAUGUGAGUCAUUGAACGUUCGAUCGUGCUUGUCAAUUUAAAGGAGCUGCAAGGCGGACUACUGGCUUGAAGGCAGCGUAGUUUCUGCUUGCUGUUGGCCAGUCAAAAAGCUCAUAGUUGGCCUACACAAAGUUAUGUUUGGUCAUGAAAACAGAAAAUGUAUGUCAUCCCAUUCAAACCAAGCAAGGAAGACUUGCAUGCUACGUCUCAACAUUAGCCUGCAAUUCUCUCCUCUAUUAUUAACAAUACACACUUAAAAACUCAUCAGACCAACCAAAGCUCCCAAAACACUGGAUCCUACAUUUACCAUAAUGCAACUCAGUAUCAUCUUUUGUUUGAACCUUCUGUGCCUGGUAAAUACCCACAGCUUUUAAUACUCUCUCAGGAAUAUUACCAUGUUUUCCUACAGAACCCUUAAAGAAAGACGCCAGAAUCAACAAAUGGUAAUAUCUUCUUAACUGAAGCUGUCGUAUGUUUGCCUAGAAUGUAAACUGUCUAAAACUUUACUUGAAUCAGAAACUGUCUGCUCAUUGAAUAAGUAAAGAAGAUUUUCAGGUCUGGAUACAAACUCUGGAUACUUUAAGGCCCAGACACACCAAACUGACGCCAAAGAACUAGCAGCAAUGUAAGCAGGCUGUUGCGUUACCUCACGUUGCCAUGUCUUGGCCAAAAAGUUGCACAUGAACACACCUCAAAGACUACAGCUGAUGGUCAACCAGCACGUACGUUGUGCCUGCAUGAGAGGAUAUAACUCUCCACACCAGCAGACAGCAGUAGAAUAUAUUUGUCAUUAAAAAAAGGAAAAGAUGAAGACCAUCUUGAUGCUAGUUAGCCAGUUAGCACAUUAACAACACAAUUUAAUUUUGAAAGAACAGAGCAUAUUUACUGUGCGCCAGUGAACAAUAAUACGGCUAAAGAAAAAUAAUCUUACCUUAAGCCCAGGAAAUGACCAGAGUGAAAGAAUUGUGGCAAUAUCUUUGGUCAUAGCUCUACAAUAGUGGUCCACAGUGAUAGAGGUUCAAGGAUGGACGUUGUCACGGUCUUGUGAUCAAAGACAGCCUGAGAUAAAAUUCUGACAGUGUCGUAAAUUUGGGAAGACCAUCUCACAGUGUGACUGCUGUUACCAACCAACAGAAAUGCAGCAUGAAAUGACGCACUGAUCAGUAUGACAAUGCUAAAUGCCAGUAGAUACAAUAAAUACACUUUGAGCUUUCGGUCACCACCCAAAGCUCUACCCAAAGCUGACCUAUGACCUAUGGCCUAAAUAAGACUUCUCCAUGGGGUGGCUGGGCUCAGCCUUAGAGAUAGGGUGAAGACCUCAGACAUCUAGAGGGAGGUCAAAAUAGAGCUGCUGCUCCAUCAUAUUGAAAACAGUCAGUUGAGGUGGUUCAGACAUCUGAUCAGGAUGCCUCCCGUUAGCAGACCCAGAACACAGUGGAGGGAUUACAUAUCUCAUCUGGCCUGGGAACCCCUUGGUGUCCCCCAGUUGGAACUGGAAAGUGUCACUGAGGAGAGGGACGUCAGGGGUGCUUUGCUUGGCCUGUUGCCCCUGUGACCCAGCCCUGGAUAAGCGAUUGAAAAUGGAACAGAACAUUUCCAGCUCUCGUUGCAAAAUCGGCAUGCCAAUGUGGCCUCUUUCCCCCAGCCACGACCGUGUCUGCACUCUCCCCCUCCUCUUCGUUUGACUUUUUUUUACACACGUAAAUGCCGCCACAGCAAGGGCACGAUUCAUGUUUGUUUGCAUUUUUCUCGUCACUACAGCAGCCUAGAUGGAUGAUGCAAGCUGAUGAGGUUUUGUUCUUGCAUAAUGACGAUGAUGGACGUUGUAGUUUAUUAGAUCCAUGUCGCACCAUGUAGCUUGUGCUAAACUUACAAGAUAGCUAAAAUCUCACAGUCUGGAGGAGGCUUAAGUAACAAGUUUGUUUUGGUUUCACUCCCUCUUGACUUUAGCUCUUUGUUUACUUUCCUCUCUUUCGUUUCUCUUCUUGUGCACUGAACUGCCAAUCAGAGGGAUUUAAUUUACUGACAGGCUCUGUCAUUACAGAUUCAACAUGCUGAAAAAAGCAGACAAGGGCCAACGAGGCCAGACACACCACAAAGACUAGGGCGACAGAGGUUCACUGAUGGCCCAACAUUGACCAAUGGCUGACCGUCAGCUUGGUGUGUCAAAGCCUUUACAGAUUAAGAUACGCACUUGAGUUGGUACCAGGAAAGUUUGGAGGUUCAUACCCAGCCCUAUCUGACAAAUCUUCAAGGAGUCCUCUAGUUAAACCUGUGUAUUUGAUGUACAGUAUGAGAGUCAGAGUGUGUGUGUGUGUGUGUGUGUGUGUGUGUGUGUCCUGGCCUUUGACUCGCUGCUGAUGCUUGUAACUCUGUUUUGCAGUUAUUUGUCUCUUCUUCUUUCAUUUACUCUGAAUAUAUCAUUACUGUAGUCCAGCCAGUGGAGACCUGUAGUUAGUUUUGGCCUUAACAUUGAUUUAGAGCUUGUCAUUUAUUGACUUGUUUAAUAUAUUUUAUGAUAAGCACCCAGUGUUAGAUGUCUCUGAUCUGUUAUGUUAAUCAAAGAUGUCUUAAUUCAGUAGUGUUGCACCCACGUGCAGAAUGCUGACUUGGUACUUUUUUUUUUUUUUUUAAAUCACCUAUGUCUUAUUAUUUUACAGUAUUUGUGAUUCACUAUAUGAUUAAAACGAUAUCAGCCAC